AUGGAGCGCACUCCGCACCACGAUCAACAACCGGCCGCCAUGCCCCCGCCGACUCCGCCGCCGCCGCCGCCAACAUCGGCCGUUCCCAAAGGAGUCGGUACCGGCGGUAAGGGGGAAGGAGGGAAGGCCGGGGGGACGGCUACGGGGGGUAACGGCGGUGGGGGGGGUGGUGGUAGGGGCCCGGGACGAAGGGGCGUGCCGACAAAGUUCCUGUCGAUUUUGUACGACAUGCUCGUGGAGGGGAACCCACAGGUUUGGUGGGAGCGGGAGACCGGGAGCGUGGUUAUCGAAGACCCUCAGCUGUUUGAGGCAGAGACGAUGCCGCGUUUUUUCACGGACCCCAAGGUUUCGGGGUUUCUCCGUCAGCUGGCUUUUUACGGUUUCAAGAAGCCGGGGAGGAGCGUGAAAGAGCAGGGGCGGUAUCAACACCCGGAGUGCCGGUGGAAGGACGUGUCCUGCGUCAAGUCCCUCCUGACGAAGAAGGCGUACGACCUGCGAAGGCUCGAGAAGGCCAUUCGCAACACCUCGGCGGUUGCCGGGCCGGACGGGUCGCCUUGCGGCGACGGCGGGAGGACGGGAUCGGUCGGUGCCGUGGGGCAAGGGGAGGAGGGUGACGCGGCGGAGGUGGAGAGGACGGAGUUGGAGGUAGCGGCGGAGGCGACGGUGGUGAGGGGGAAGAGCGUGGGGAGGCAGGUCCGGAAGGAGCUGCGGCAGAUGAUGAGCAGGUCGCAGCUUGGGUGCUGGCAAGUCGAGCAGACGGCUAAGCUCAUGAUGAAGAUCAUGCGCCUUAACGCCAAGCUUGCGGAGGGCCUCAGACAGUGCCGGGCACGGGGAGGGCCUCCUGUUCUCCGCCGGUAUAACAUGAACAGCCCGGCCUUGGCGAAGGUUCGUUUGGAAAACGCAAGAUUGAGGAGGCGGGUUCGGAGGUUAGAAGACGAGGCGGAGAGACGGGGACUGCCCCUCACCGCUCGUUAGCAGGGAUGUAGAGAGAAGGGAUGCGGUGAUUCGUCGACCGGUUUGGUUCCCAGCUGGUGGGACUCACAUUUACUCCGUCGCGCCGGAGACUUGGAUAUUUUUGAAGCGCUUCGAUGGGGAUUGCUCACGCCAAAAACAUGCGUGAUGCUUGCGGCUGGCUGCUACACACAUAGCCGCGGUGUUUGGCUGUGGCAGCGGUUGCGCCUUUCGAGGCGACAAAGGAACGGUCCGCCGGUGUUAUUGCUUGUAUUUGAGAGGACGGCCCUCCGCCUUUGCUGCUUGGGAAAGUGUCUGCGUGUGUGUUGUUUGCAGCGUAAACUAAUGUUGAGUAUUUCGCCGAAUCAGGGCACCCCGUGUGUACUAAAAGACUGGUUUGGGGUCCAGAAUCGAGAGCUGGGGUACAGCAGUAUUCCGUCCGUCAGUGCAUUCAGGAUGAUCUUCGGGCGCGAGUGGCUUGGGUUGACAUAGCGAAAGACAAGCAAGCGCAAUGAAACAUGGGAUACCGAAUGGAUGGGUGCUUCAACCGCCCUGGUAUUCUCUCUUGGUUAUGUACGUAGCACGUUCUUGCAUGCGUUUGGCGAAGAGAACAGGAAGCGCGGUACUGUUCUUUUUGCUCUUGUCAUGGCUCCGUACACAGACUUCAUCAUCGUGCACUCACAAUUUUUGCAAUUCCCCCGAUCCUUGUUAAGCGCAAGUCCGAUCGAGCGUCAAUUUUUUUUUCCCGCCAUCUCUGCGCUUUUGGAAGGAAAACACAGAGUGUGGCAGCGUGCACGCAAAGCCACCGGGAAUACAUGGAGACUUAUCCCUUAAAGUAGUUGAAGGAGGGCGGUUUUGGUGGAGUGGAACACGGCCCAAAGCGAGAAAGAGGUCGAAAGGCGGCGAUGUUAAAUAGUGGAACCUCUUGCGUUGCAAGCUAGUUGCAGCGAAACUUCAACAAGACUGAGCUUCUCGGAUAAGGGACAAGAUGAGCAAAACGCAAACAAUCCAAUGCAAAACCAACAAGAACACCGUGUAACCCACGAACCCAAAGCACAACCUGCGACAAGUUUCGGUGCUAAAACCAGAGACGACGUUCGCAGGCUUCUACCCCACCCGAUCGCACGCACCGGCCACCGCCACCGCCACCGCCCAUGAGGUGAAGAAACACGAACGACCGCUAGCUCUGUACCCUAACGGCAGGCCGGAACCGCGGCCCGGCCCAUGUGACACGAACGCCUGCUCGCUCAUCUCACGGCUAACGAGCACCGAGGCGUCGACGCCACGCCUUGGGGGAAAAACAUCUCUCGAAACACCGCACGCUUCGGAUAAGUGCGGCCUGUAUGUGCCGAGAAAAAAACCGAGUCGACGAAACCGAAGUGCCCACCGCACGCUGCACCUAUCCUCCCCACCAGCAACACACAAAGAACCAACGGACACACGAGCUUGGACCUUGAGACCUCGUGACGAAGACAACAACAACAAGUGUGUGACCCUCAAACGGAAUGCCGCAAUAUUUUUCGUCUUGUAACGCCCCCUUAGGCCGUCC